CUAUUGGACCGUCAGAUACGCGGCAUUCAGAGAGAGGAGGAGAAGGUUAAGCUCGAGCUGAAGAAAGCGGCCAAACGGGGCGAUCGCGACGUGUGUCUCGUGUUGGCCAAAGAGAUGGUCAAUUCGCGCAAAGCGGUGAAUCGGAUCCAUACGUCGAAAGCGCAGCUAAACUCAGUGAUGAUGAAUAUGUCUCAACAAUUAGCGACACUACGGGUGGCCAACGCUAUGGAGAAGUCAACGUCGGUUAUGAAGUCCAUGCAGUCUCUGGUGAAGAUUCAGGAGAUCUCACAUGUGAUGCAAGAGAUGUCACGAGAGAUGAUGAAAGCGGGAAUCAUUGAGGAGAUGAUUGAGGAGACACUCGACGACCAGUUGGACGUCGACGACACCCUCGAAGAGGAGGCCCAGAAAGAGGUGGACAAAGUGCUAUGGGAGCUGACCGCUGGCCAAUUGGGUGCCGCGCCCGCAGCCGUGUCCGACACAUUGCCGUCGGUGGGCGAGGCGUCCGCAGCGCCCGCUUCCGCAUCGGCUGUCGACGAAGACGAAGACAUCAGUGAAAUGCAACAACGAUUACAAGCGCUCAGGAGUUAGACACCUGACCAUCAGUUUGUUGUGACCAACGCUUGUCUUAUUAUUAUUGACACAAUUUUCUGUUGAAAUGAUUUCAUAUUUUAUGUUAUCUUUAUUUUUUGAUUGACUUUUUGUUGCGAAAAGUUAUUAUAUAUUUUUGCACUCAAUAUCAUUGGUGUCCUUCUCUUGUAUUCAC